AUGUCAUCACUCGAUCUCUCCUCUCCUCUCCAAAUCCGACUCAUGUUAAAAGAAAUCGAAUGCGAAACUCUCAAACAAAAACUUGCUGCUCUCGAAUGUAAUCCCAUGUCCAAUCUCAAAUUCGAGCGAUGGGAUGAUUCCGUCAACUCUGAAAAUUCCAUUCUCCAACAACGAUUUCAUCACAUGCUUCUCUACAUACAUCAACUCGAAUCCGACAUUGAAGCAAAAAACAGACGAAUUGAUCUUUUAGAAUUAUCUCUGAAUAAUCGAAGAAAACGAAGAGGAGCCAUGGGAGAUGCUUCCGGAACAAACGGCGACAAGGAUGAUCUCAAUGAGCAAACCGAACAAUUGACAAUUCAGAGAAAUUUAGUAAAAGCGUUUAUGAAGAGACGUAAUAAUAAUAAUAAUAAUAAUAAUAAUGGAAGAAAUAAUCAGAAUAAUAAUCAUUCAAAACGAGAGGAUGGACAGACAAAGCCUCCGAUGUCGUCACGAACAAAUCAUCGUUCAGUAUUUCGAAACAAAAAGGAAUGA